AUGUUAUCAACACCAGGAGAUGCCGGACUCGGUGGGAGUUCACCCUCUUCAAAGAAACCUGGAGCACAAAACAUGGUUACAAACCCCAAAAGGCGGAGCGCCAACGACGGCUUCGAGAUCCUCUCCUUCGAAGCGAAGAAGGCCGCCGAGAGGAUCGACCGGAGGUUUUCGGUUUCCCGCCGAUUUGAUUCGUUCGCUCGCGCGGCGUCGGUGAGGGCGAGGGAGAUGGAUCAGGAGCUGGGGAUUGGGAGGCGGUGGAGGACCUUCUCGCUUGAUUUCUCGAGAAAUUGGCCUAGGUAUAGGAAGGAGCUGAGUGGUUUUCUUGAGACGCCUAUUGGCAGGGGAUUUGCUACAAUAUUCUUCCUUUGGUUUGCGCUAUCCGGUUGGUUGUUCAGGUUCUUCAUUUUUGCUACUUGGGUACUGCCAUUUGCUGCUCCUCUUCUUAUUGGGACAUUUGCGAAUAAUUUUGCUAUUGAGGGGUCCUGCCCAGCCUGCAGGAGGCAAUUUGUUGGCUACAAAAAUCAGAUCAUCCGCUGCUCCGGCUGCAGAAACAUUGUAUGGCCAUGCCAUCGGGGAUGACUUCUCC